UUCAAAGACAGACUCCGCCCCAGCCCCAGAGACGUUGCCUUCCUCACCCCAGCUAGAGUUAUGUGACCCCUCAUAGUCUCUCAUCCCUUACAGAACGCUCCACAGAUCUACAGGAACCCUGCAGAGAUACCCACAAACCCAGACUCCUCAUGGACGUACCACAGUAUCCGCACAUCCUAGAGACUCGCUCAAAACCUCCAAUCGGGUUCAAUGCAGACCCCCAGGAAACCUCACCCACGUGGGAAGUGACCUGACUGCUGUUGUCAUGGAGACUACUGGGCGAUCCUGUUGCCCUGGUGACCGAACCCUCUUCUCCAGACCCAGCACCUGCAGCUCGGCCACAACCAAGAGUGUUCCCUUCUCGGAACCAACACUUCCCCCUCAAGCUUCUGACCUACGGACUUUUAACAACCAAGCCAAAGCCCAGAGAUGGAAGCAAAUGAGAUCACGGAAGAGCAAGAUAGCAUCACCACCACGGAUGCAAAAGAACACCCCUCAUCAAAAGACUCCGAUAAUGAAAAAAAAAAAAAAAGACUCCGAUAAUGAAGACUUACAGGCGCUCCCUACCUCUGAAACACCAUUGGAGCCUUUCAUCUCCCAGACCCUUUUAGAGCCCCUUGCUGCUGAAACCUUUCCUGAUUCAUCUGUUUCUGAGACGCCUUUAGAGAUCCCCAUCUCUGAGAGCGCUUUGGAGCUUUCCAUCCCUGAAACCCCUUUAGAGUCCCAUACCUCUAACCCUCUUUUGGUGUCAUCCACUUCUCAGACCACUUUAGUACCCCAAGCCUCUGAAAGCCCUUUGAAGCCUUCCAUCCCCAUAACAUCCAUCUCUGACAUCCCUUUGGAAGCCCCUACCGCUGAGACUGACAUCUGUAACGUCCCAGAGAAAAACCUUAUUUUUCUGCCCUCAUUAGUAACCCGUGCUUCUGCAUCUCCUUCUGACAAUUUGAAAGAAGACCUCCUGUCUGAGUCUUCUUCCAAGGAGCUCCCUGAAUUUGAGCACCUUCCAAAGCACUUCCUUUCAGGCUCUUCAACCCAUGUAUACUUGGACACAUCUGCAAAACAGAAGGAAGAGGCAGGAGAACACAAGGACAUAGUGGAUACCAGCAGUGACAUCACUGCUCACACAACCCAGCCUGGACACCAGCUGGGCAAGAAGAAGAGGAAGAAUGGAAUUAUCUGUUGCACAGGCCACUCAGUGGUCCCUGCUAAGCAAGCAGAGCUGGUGGAGAUGGCUAAGGCAAUGCACAGAGAACAGUUUGGUGCUCAGAUGAAUCAUCUUUUCCAGUGGGAGAAGGAUUCAGCCCUGAAUGCCAUUCAGACAGGUCUCUAUAUCGGCUGGCACUGUCCACAUUACCUAUGGGACUGUUACCGGAUUGGGGACGAGUCCAAGUGCUUCUGUGGACACUUGCUGAAACAACACCAGAUCAUCUCAGACAUAUCUGUGCCCUGCACUGCAAGCCAGUGCCACUGCCUCAUAUUCUGCUUUAUCCCGUCACGCCCAGAGGAGGUGGGUGAUGUCUUGCUCCGGAGACGGGCCACCUUCAACCCCAAGGCCUGGAGGGCCCAAUGUCGUUGCAAACACAGCCAUGAAGACCACACAGCCAAUGGAGCCCAUCCUUGCAGGCAUCAUGCCUGUGACCGAUGCUGGGAGGAACAUGAGGCUUUCUUUGAGACUGAGGAGACCCGACGAGGAGGAGGGAGGCCUCAUGGGACACACACUGUCCACAACUGGCACAGGCCUUUCUGAGCCUGGCCACAUCAGCAAUAAAGUGAAAGUCAUUAGAAUAUGACCUGGCUCUUUAUGUGGCAGGAAAAGCCACAACUCAACUGUAAGAUCUUAGAGUCAGCACUUACUGGGGGCGAGACAGCACAGCCAAGCAGGAUGAAGCCUGGAUCCAGCAUCUGUCUCCAUCACACCCACAUUUAAGCUGCUAGCUCUGACAUGAGAAAUAGAAUGGCUUUAAGAAAGCCAAGGAGGGAAGGAAUUACAAAGAGAGUGAGAAGUUAUUUUGGUGUAGCUGGGACUUCUAUAAGUUAAAGAUGGAAAAGUGCCCAUUGGAUUUUGCAAUUAGAAAGUCUUUGGGAACCUUCGAGAGUGCAGUUUCACACUGGUACAGUGGAAGCAGAAGCCAAGCGGCAGUGAGUGUGGAGUGUCUGCAAGAAGCUUAGGUGAAAGGUGCAGGAGAGAAGUCAGCAAAUAUCUAGAGAGAAAUGUGGAAUCAAGGAAGUAUUUUUUUAGGAAGGAAGGGGGAAGAGACCAGUAGACAAAAAGACCUUGAAAGAUGCAGAAGAGAAAGGAGAAAUCCUGGGUCAGAAGAUCCCAGAGGGAGGGUAUGAGGUCAAGACAGAGGUGAAGGGAUUCGCUCUGAACAAAGGAAACAUCACAGCUGGGUGCAGUGCCUUUGACCUAUAAUCCCAGCUACUCAGAAGGCUGAAGCGGAAGGAUCACAGGUUCAAGGCCUGCCUGGGCAACUGAACAAGACCCUGUUAAAGAGAGGAGAAGUGAGAAGGGAAGGGAAGAGGAAAGGAGGAGAGGCGAGUGAGGGGACUAGUGGGAAAAUUAUUUCCUAAAAUCAAGAAGAAAGUUCGGCUUUCUUUACUGAGCUUCGGGGAACAGGAAAUUGUGAAAGUUCCCCUGUGAAGGAGUAAGAGUGGGAAAUAGGAGACAGGAAGAGAAAGGUAAAGUUUGGGGAUGGUUAAUAUAGGGACUUUGAGAAAGUUCUUAGUAGUUUAGGAUACAAUUAGAAGUGAGAACCAGUUGAGAAGAAAAGCAAAAAAUUUAAAUUAACAGGUGGUGAUGGGAGGGUGUCACGCAAGAUAAUUAGGAAAAUAAGGCAAAAGAAGUAGGCAUGAAGAUAUGAAGAGAAUGGGCAAUACAAAUAGGAAAAGAAAAUGAUGCCAGAAAGCAAAUGACAGAUGAAAAAAAGGACCAGUCAAAGGAAUAAUAGUCUCUAAUGAGCCCCAGUAGCAGUUGUGGUAACAGAGAGAGGGUAGUCAAAGCCUGUGCAGCUUCCAGAUGAGAGCAGCCACUGGACUAGAGAAGACUGUGAGCCUCGGAUCAGAAUCAGUGCCUGUGAGAGAGAGGUAAGGAAGUCCAUAGCCAAUGCUUAAUGGAACUAGAAGAGUCCUGUGACUCUAGGGAAGAACUCUCCCUCUGUGGGCCUCAGUUUCUGGAUCUGUUAAACAGGAAUAACCUAUGUUGCCUGGUCUCUAUGAGGCUCCAAAGAAAUAACCGUUUCAAAGUGCUUUGUACUCAAAAUCCCUCCUGUUGUCGUUCCUCUUCUAGAACCCACCUGCCCCAUCCCCUGCCCUUUUCCAGGGCAGCUCUAGGGUCUCCCAGUGACCCAGAGGCACAGAGAAGAGACCAUUCUACAUUCACUUACAUUUAGAGAGGGCAUCUGUCUUCCAAAGGAGGGAGCAGCUUGGACUGCUGGGACCCUAGGGAAAAAUCACAGGAUCAAACAUCUACCGCUCUUUGGAGAAGAAAGGACUUUCUAACAAUAAUAUAGCUACAUAACAAGGAUUUACUAACUAAAGUUUCUCAACAUUGAUUAUGUGUACCAUGAUAACAUCCACUUAAAUCAAUUAAUAGUCAACAAUAGAGGAAAAGUUACUCAGAUAAAUCCAUUCAAGGAAAUAGUAUGCAGCCAUUACAAAGUAUAUUUACAUAGACUGUGUGCUAAUGAGAAACUGAUUAUAAGUGGGAGAAUAAUAAAUAUGCCAUACAUGUCAUUUUAUAUUAUGAAAGGAAAUAAAACACCAAGUGUUAUUCGUUCAACAAUUAUUGGGCAUCUAUAUGUAUCAGGCCAUGUGUUUAAAAACUGUAUUUAAAAAACAAAACUAGCCAGGC